AUGGCCUCGGCCAGGGCCUACUGCCUCCCGCAAGUCCCCGCCUUGAGCCCCGCGCUUUCCUUCCCCUCUUCCCCGGCGGCGGCGAGCCUAACCCGGGCGCGGGCGCGGGCCGAGGCGCAGCUGCGCUCUGCUAUAGCCUGCGAGCGGGCCAUGCGCUGGAGCGAGGUUGUUGACCAUUAUACAGCUCUCUUGAAAACUCUGAGCAAAGAGGAACUUCCUAAAGACUUUGAGCCUGGGCCUUACUAUUCACAACUGCUAUUUGAAACCUAUUAUCAUUUAGCUGUAGCUUUCCAAAGACAGAAUCACCAUAAGGAAGCAGUUCAAGAGCUUAAUAAAGCAAUAGAUGUCGCAUCUAUCCCUAAGAUUGCUUGUCAAGUUGGAUGUGUUUCCAGAACUUUCCUUCAUACACCACUGUUUGCAAGAAGAGCGUAUGCAUAUGUAAAAUGUGGUCUUUUGAAAGAAGCAAUAGAUGAUGCUAACAAGGCUGUUGAGUUAGACCCUUUGAACCCUGAUGUAUAUUGUGUUCGAGCUCUUGUUUGGAACACAGUGAAAGAAAAGAAGAGAGCGCUUUUUGAUUUAAACUGUAGCCAGAAGCUAAAGCCUUCUCAUAUUUCCACUUUGAUCAUAAAGGGAAUUAUUAAAAAUUCUCUUAUGGCAACAGAGGGUACAAAGUAUUUAGUGAAGAAUAAAGAUCAUGAAAAGGCUUAUAAACUGGACAAAACUAGUAAAAAUUUCUUUGAUGUAGAAGAUUUCCAUAGUCCUAAAAUGGAUGAUUUCUAUGAUAGAUACCUGUGGUCCCUCAAUGUUCCUCACACAAUAAUGCAAGUCAACUUGAUGGCUGGAAGUUCAUUCAUUUCACAUUUACCAUCUGAUUCAUUUCACAGAGAGAAGAGAAUGAGCUUACUUCCCGAGCAGAAUCCGGGGUCCUUUAUCUGUAGCACUCCAACGAGUUAUCUUGGCAACACUGCCUUUGCAAGGAGGGCAUCGUAUGGAAAGGCAUUGAAGGAUUCUGGUUUAAAAUUGAACGCCAGCAAGAUUUCAGAGAGUAUUCUGAGAAUUACACGGGUGGCUUCAGAAUGGUCAGAAAGGAGGACAUCCAGAAGCCCUGUGAAGAUAGAUUCAAAGACAAUAGUGGCAUCAACACCUGGCAUCCUUGCAUGUAAGAAGAUGCCAGAGCAAAAGAAAUCCAAAGCCAGCAAGAUCAAAUCCAAUAAAUAAGGUUUCUCUGGAUAAACACGGCCAAGAACGUGAGCUGCAUUCUAGUCCUUCUUGUGAAUCAAGAGAGAUUUAUUCAGUUCCAAUUACAGAAAAGUUU